GUUCACUUCGCCUGUCUUCCAGUUCCACGCCGCACAUCGCCUCUUCUCGCCGCCGCUGCGGCACACCCAAAGCCUCGCCGGCGGGGAUGGGAGCACCUCAAACGGGCUCCCUGGCUGUCACUCGCUUCUCCUCCGAUUGACCGCCUCCUCUCUCCGCGGCGAUGGCGGACGGCUCCAGGGACAUUAGCAGGCGGCGGAAUCCAGCGGACAAGCUCACCGAAGACCUCGUCGUCGAGAUCCUGUCGCACGUGCCGUACAAGUCGCUGUGCCGGUUCAAGUGCGUCUCCAAGCGGUGGCGCGGCAUCAUCUCCCACCCCGACCACCGCAAGGCGCUGCCGCAGCACCAUCUCCAUGACCUCGCCGGAUUCCUCUACUCGAGCCGCGGCCCCGGCCCUGACUAUUUAUCAAUUCACAAUUUCAACCAUGUCUCGCCGGGAGGCCGCCCUCCUAUCCGCCCUACACUCCCCUUCCUGCCUGACUGCGAGCUAUUCGACCUUCUGGAUAGCUGCAACGGCCUGCUCCUCUGCCGCCGCUUCGAGACCGCUUAUUCGCGGGCAUUCGACUACGUGGUGUGCAAUCCUGCCACGGAGAAAUGGGUUGCUUUGCCCGGCUUCUUCAGCAAGAUGCAGGCAGCUCGCUUGGGGUUCGACCCGGCCGUGUCCUCGCACUUCCAUGUGUUCCAGUUCGUGGAGGAUGGGGCUGCAGAUGCAAAUGCCGAUACAAACGACGACGAUGAUGGCGAUAGUUUUGGGCACGUCAGAGCGGUUGACAUCUACUCGUCCAAAACCGGGGCCUGGACUCACAAGGACAGCGGUUGGGACUUCCUACCUAGGAUAGUGAGUGAUUCUAGAAGUGUCUUUGUCAAUGGUUUUCUGCAUUUGCUCGCCAUCGAGUCUGCGGUGGUGGCAAUGGAUGUGGAGGGAACUACUUGGAGGGCUAUUCCUAUGCCGGACGAUGAGGAUGCCCCCAUAAUAGAUGUUGAUGUCGGGUUCAUUGACCUGUCUCGAGGGCGUUUGUAUCUGGCAAAUAGUGAUCAGCAUGAUUUUGAUAAACUGUCGAUCUGGGUUCUCGAGGACUACGGCAGUGAAGCGUGGGUCUUGGAGCACAGUGUCAGGUAUGUGAAUCUAUUUGGAGUGAAGAAUGUCCGGCUGGGACACGAGUACCAUAUUGUCGCCCUCCACCCACAACGAAACACAAUUUUCCUAGUUUAUGGGCAUGAGAAGGUACUGAUGUCUUAUGAAAUGGAUACUGGGAAAGUGCAGUUCAUCCACGAUCUUGGACAGGGUUCCAUGGAGCCUUAUCUUCCUUAUGUUCCCUUGUACUCAGAGGCAUUGGCAGAUUGGCACUGAUAAUCUGGCUCGCAUUUUGCUGUUCCAUUGUUGGCUUUUUAGAUAAUGGUGAAUCAUAGGUCUUACUCCCAGGUAAUAUCGGCAGCUAUUCCCUUUUGUUCUCGAGUGUACUCUGUAACCUACUUUAUGGGGCUAUCUGUCCAGUUAACUUAGUAAUGCUAGCUGCUUCUCUUAUGUAAACAUAUAUGUGACAUAUGUGUUUAUGGUUGAUAGCAGCGUACGUGCGACAGCAUUUACUAUUUAACUUCAUGGAGCUAUCAUUAAUUUGUAUCA